GGCAGCAUCCGUCACAACACCGCGCUGCUCGCUGACAGCUAGCUAGCAGCUAUUAGCAGCUAUUAGCCGGGGCUCUGCGGGUAUGUUUCCCGGAGUCUGGACCGUAGACGGAGGUUUGUGUACUACCGACUCAUGGCGGCCGAAAUACUGCCCCAACCGCAGGCUCGGAAGCCGUGUCUGCUGAGCAAAAUCGAGGCUUUCCAAGAUGUGGUUAGCACGGCGGUCAUCAUUCCCAAAGAAGACGGCGUUAUCAGCGUGUCGGAGGACAGGACGAUCCGGGUAUGGCUGAAGAGAGACAGCGGGCAGUACUGGCCCAGUGUCUACCACACAAUGACCACGUCGUGCUCCUGCAUGUCCUUUAACCCAGAGACCAGGAGGCUGUCAUUGGGCAUGGACACCGGCAGUAUCCAAGAGUUCAUCCUGUCAGAAGACUACAAUAAGAUGACCCCAGCAAGCACUUACCAGGCCCAUCAGGGCAGAGUCUCAGUGGUGCUGUUUGUGUUGGAGAUGGAGUGGCUCCUGAGCACCGGCCAGGAUAAAAACUUCAACUGGCACUGCUCUGAGAGCGGCCAGCAGCUGGGGACGUACCGCACCGCCGCCUGGGUGUCAGGACUCCAGUUUGAUGUGGAGACCAGACACGCCUUCGUGGGAGAUCAGUCCGGUCAGGUGACCAUCCUGAAGCUGGAGCAGGACAGCUGCAGCCUGGUCACCACCUUCAAGGGACACACAGGUAAUGUGACGGCGCGUUGGGACCCGGUCCAGAGGGUGCUGUUCUCCGGCAGCUCAGACCACUCCAUCAUCAUGUGGGACAUCGGGGGCCGCAAAGGCACCGCCAUCGAGCUGCAAGGACACAAUGACAAGGUUCAGGGCUUGUGCUACGCCUCACACACUCGUCAGCUCAUCUCCUGCAGCUCAGACGGAGGCAUCGUCAUCUGGAACAUGGACGUGACACGACAAGAGACCCCAGAGUGGCUGGACAGCGACUCGUGUCAGAAGUGUGAGCAGCCUUUCUUCUGGAACUUCAAACAGAUGUGGGACAGUAAGAAGAUCGGCUUGCGACAGCACCACUGCAGGAAGUGCGGCCAGGCGGUGUGCGGCAAAUGUUCGUCCAAGCGCUCCACCAUCCCCCUCAUGGGCUUUGAGUUCGAGGUGCGUGUGUGUGACAGCUGCCACGAGUCCAUCACCGACGAGGACCGAGCGCCCACAGCCACCUUCCACGACAGCAAGCACAGCGUUGUUUACAUGCACUACGAGCCCACCACCGGGACCCUGCUCACCUCAGGCAGCGACAAGGUCGUCAAGCUGUGGGACAUGUCUCCUGUGGUGUCCUGAGGUCAGCUGACGCUCUGUCCACCAAACUGUGAAGGCUUCACGGCAGCAGUUGCACUUGGAAGAGAAAGAGAGGAACAGUCUCCAUGUCACCUGGAUAAUAUUUAACUUUGAGCAGCGGCUGUCCACAGGGAGGACUCUGGGAACAGCACGGAGCGGACUGAAGGUUACAGACGGUGGUGGGUGUUUGUUUGUGUGGGGGGAUCCCUAUCUGUGUGUAUGUGUGUGUGUUUGUAUUAUAUCAGUGUGUGUGGGAGGGCUUUUGACUUUACAAGGACUUGAAAAUCCUUAAUUUUCAUGCAUCCUGAUUUCAAACCUGAAGUGAAACAUUUCUGCACUUUGUCAGCGGGUACCGUAAAACCUUAACGUCUUUAUGUUAAGGAGGUAACUGAAUUGAACAUGAAGUCACAACCUUCAACUCACUCAUUCACUGUUAGCAGGCUGUAAGAGGAAGCUGUUGCAUCACUUCUACACCGACAUGCACGACCUACAGGAAGUAAAGAAAGUAGCAGCAGACAAUUUCUUUGCUUUCAAAUUCACCAAAUCCGGCUAUGACCGCUUUUAUCCAUCUGCAAAGUCACUAAGAGACCGGUCAUGAAGGACAGAGAACACAUAGUGACACUUUGAGGACAUGAGCAUUAAAAAGUGGUCAUAUAAUACUGUAGAUAUGCUAAUGGCGCUAUUUACAGUCAUCCUGCAGCUCUUAAAGGAAUAUUUCACCACAAAAAAUAUCAUUUUGUUUAUCAACUCACCCGUGUUCUCCUGAACUAUUGAAGAAAACAUUUCUGACAUGCUUACACAGGGAACGAAGAAUCUAAACUGUUGAAGUAAAAACUAUAUCAAAUCAGUUGUUUACGAGCUCUCAUUCAUCUAACCCAAGUCUCACUAUACCCUAAAUAAAUCAAUAUCAUGCGCAACGAAAUAAUCUCUCACUUUAAUGUUGAAGUAGUUGAUAUCACGCUAACUAUCAAUAUCAUGCGCACCCAAAUAUUCUCUCACCUUAAUGUUGAAGUAGUUGAUAUCACGCUAACUUGUAAAAUGUGGGGAAAAGUAUAUAAGUUGAUAUCAUUUGAUGAAAAGUAUGGAGUCUUAUACAGCUGCCUAAAAAGUUUUAAUAGGUUUGGACAUUACAGUAGAUAUUGAUUUAUUUGUAUUGUGGACCCUUGUCAUGAUGCUGUGCAGACCUGUGAAGUUUUGUAAUCCGUGCGUUAACCAUCAGACUGCUUGUGUGUUUUAUGAGAUUAUUUAUUAUUCUACGUGUUGGUCUAAAUGUUUCUGACACAUAUCAUCAAGUUAAUGAGUGGCUUCACAUUCAUACAUGUAUCAGGACUGAAAGGAAGUUAAUGAACGUUUGAUUUUGUUUCUUAUCGUCACUGUGACUUCUUGUAUGUCACUGCACUGGAAUCAAACAUUUCACAAAUCGCUGCUGUGAAGAGAAGAUUUGUCUGUGAUUAUCAAGUUUGUGCUUUAACCGUCUCAUGGUAACUAAGUUGAUUCAUAAUAACGUUUAAACCCCGCUGAAUAUUUCCCAAAGAUGUUGGAUAUUAAGAUUGAAAAUAAAGUUGUGUUUGAAGAGGC